AUGGGCAUUUUAAAUUGGGGGUUUAGAUCCACCAUUAAAAUCCAUCAAUCCUCACCAGCAAAAUCCAUUGAUUUACCAUUGACCAAAAAAUCCACAGAGGAUGGAGAAGAAAGAUUGAAAUUCACAGAAUUUGUCAAUAGAUUAACUCUUAUUGAUCCAUCAAAAAAAUUAUGGUUAAAUCCUCUUUUAUUUAAUGGAACUUUACAAACUUUAUACUACACCUCGAUUGAUGUAUCAAAAAAGUUUCAAAUAUGGUAUGGAAGAGAACUUUUUUACUAUUCAGAUGGUGGAAGUUGUAGUUUGGAUUGGGUGAUACAGAAACCAGAGUCUAUUGAAGAGUUUAAAAAGCUUGAUAAGGAAACUUUACCAAACGGUUAUCCAAAAUUGCACCCAAGAACCAGAUACUUAACCAGCAAUGAGUUGAAUGAUAUUAAUAAAAGCCAGGAAACAAAUACCAACCCUAUUGUGGUUAUAUUGCAUGGAUUGGGUGGUGGCUCUCACGAACCAUUGAUCCGGAAUUUUGCCCAAGUGAUUGGAGAAAACACUAGUGGGUGGGAUAUUGUUGUACUUAACAACCGUGGGUGUUGUAGAACUAAAAUUACCUCUGGUCAACUAUUCAAUGCGGCAUCAACAAACGAUAUUAGAGAAGUUUUAGUUCGUUUCAAAAAACAAUGGCCAAAUAGACCAAUUUUUGCUGUUGGAUUUUCAUUUGGUGCAGCACUUUUGUCUAACUUCCUUGGUGAAGAGGGAAAGACUUUUACAGAGAAGGGACAAGAAGAAGCAACAGCAACAAAAAAUUUAGUUACUGCUGCUUGUGCUGUUGGAUGUCCAUGGGAUUUCGUUGAUAGCGCAUACCAUAUUCAAAGUUCCUACACCGGUAAAUAUUUACUUAAUCCAGCUUUGGCAAAGUUUUUGGCAAAGAUAGCCGCCAACAACUACAAGGAACUUUCCCAAUCAAACCCUCAAUUGAUAAACGAGGAAACAAUGAAAGAAUUGAAGAAAAUUAAAACCACUUGGGAAUUUGACGAGUUGCUUACUUGCAAGUUGGUUUCUUACAAAAAUGCUUUCCAAUAUUACAGAGAGGUAUCGCCAAUAAGGAAAAUUUUAGAUAUAAAAACACCUUAUUUGAUAUUAAACUCCACAGACGACCCAGCUGUAGGUUGCAGAUUGCCUAUUUUGGACGCUCAAACUAAUCCAUAUCUUUGUCUAGUGGAAACCGAUUUGGGUGGUCAUUUGGGAUAUAUACAAUCUAAUGGAGAGUUUUGGUGCGUUAAAGUUGUUGAAGAAUUUCUCCAAAAGUUUGCUGAACUUUGA